AUGACGUCUAAAGCUAAUGUCGUGUUCAAUGUCCUCCUGGUGUUUGUGACUAUUGUUCUUGGAAAUGUUUUGAAAUUACGAUUUAGACCAAUCAAUAAUGAAAUAACGAGAUCGCUUCGAUAUCAAAGAGACUCUUUGCUAAAUUUUACGGAGUCGAGGGAACUGUAUGGAUACUCUUCGGAAGAACACAAUGUGCUUACCGAGGAUGGGUAUAUUCUAACAAUAUUCAGAAUCAAUGGAAGGAACUGCGCUCACAAAUUGAAAAGAACUCCAGUUUUACUAAUGCAUGGUUUUCUUCAGAGCUCAGAUACAUGGCUGGACGCUGGACCUAAAGCUGGAUUGGCGUAUUUGAUAUCCGACGCGUGUUUCGACUUAUGGGUUGGAAACGACCGUGGCAAUUACUAUUCCAGACGACAUAAUCGCUUGGACCCUGACAAAGACCCUAAAUUUUGGAAAUUCUCUGUGGAUGAAAUUGGUUUUUAUGAUAUACCGGCUACACUGGAAUAUAUUUUGAAAUAUACGAAAGAAGACAAAUUGAAUUACAUUGGAUAUUCACAAGGCGCUGGUACGUUCUUUGUCAUGUGUUCAGAGAGACCGGGUUACUGUGCUAAAGCGAACGUUUUUAUUGGCUUAGCGCCAGCAACCAGGCUGACUAAUACAAAAUCCGUGCCAUUUAAAAUAUUAAUAGAGGGACUGGGACAUCUAGAAGAGGAUCUUGCUACCAUAGGUAUAUAUGAACUUUUUGCAAAGGGCUCUUUAAGUCAAGAAUUCCUAUCCUUGUUAUGUAAAUUUAGUGCAACAUCUGAACUUCUUUGUGGAACCGGUGUGUCUCUAGUUGACUCUUUCCAUCAAGGAUCUAUAACUAACGAAACUCUGAGGGUAUUGUUUGAUCACUUUCCUGCUGGUACUUCUGUGCAUAACAUCGCAAGAUACGGUCAAAGUAUUAGGUCUUCCCAUUUUCAAAAGUUCGAUUACGGUAGUGCGCAAAAUUUUAAUAUUUAUGGGACAAAACAACCACCUCAUUACAAUCUAAGUGCUGUGACGGUACCCUCGGUGGUUUUGUACGGUAACAAUGAUAAUUUAGUUGAUACAAAAGAUAUUUUGUGGUUGAUUAAGCGGUUACCGAAUAUGUUGGAAAUCAAAAGAGUUUCAGAUCCGUUGUGGAAUCACUUUGAUAGUGCAUACAGUCAGUUUACAAAAGAUUUGAUCUUUCCAACAAUAAAUAAAUAUUUACUAAAAUACAGUCGGAAAUGAAAUAAAGUUUAAUUAUUUCUUCUUAAUAUCUCU